CUAAGUCUGUGGCAGAGACUAAGGGCGUGGGUUGACUGCGGAGCGCUAAGACUCAAAGCCCGCAGAGGCAAGAACAGGACGUCCCACUCCCCAUUCCCCGCCUGACUCUGAGUAUCAGGGUCGGGAGAAGGGACAAGGGAGCCUGAGCGGAGCUGGACUGGGUGGGCCAGUGCUUUAAUCACCCGGGUGAAGACGGGGCAUGGAGAGGAGCUAGCAGACGCGGUGGCAGCGCCAGGCGCACUGGAAGUGCAGGGGACGCGCCCGCUGACUUGCUGGCCGCGCCUGUGACCUCUCUUUUCGGCUAAGAACCUAGGCGGAGGAGUUCCUGAGGAGCCCACGGAACUGGCUAAGCAAAGGAGACUAGGCUGUGGUCUCCAUGAUCCUCCCAUCCUCUGCUCUUUUCCUCGUCCGCUCCAUGCUCAAGAGCUGCGCUCCGCAGCCAGGGCGAGGAGAGCCAUGGAGGAGCAGGGAGUUCAGUGCGCCCCUCCGCCUCCUGCCUCCUCCCAGACAGGGGUACCUCUUGUCAACCUCUCACACAACUGCAGCACCGACAGCUACAUUUACCAGGACUCCAUCGCCAUGCCCUGGAAAGUCCUGCUGGCUGCACUGCUGGCUCUCAUCACCUUGGCCACCACGCUCUCCAAUGCCUUUGUGAUCGCCACGGUAUAUCGGACCCGGAAGCUGCACACCCCGGCUAACUACCUGAUUGCCUCUCUGGCAGUCACUGACCUGCUGGUAUCCAUCCUGGUGAUGCCUAUCAGCACCAUGUACACGGUCACUGGACGCUGGACACUAGGCCAAGUGGUCUGUGACUUUUGGCUGUCGUCGGAUAUCACCUGUUGCACUGCUUCCAUUAUGCAUCUCUGUGUCAUCGCCCUGGACCGCUACUGGGCCAUCACUGAUGCGGUGGAGUAUUCCGCUAAAAGGACUCCCAGAAGGGCGGCCAUCAUGAUAACGCUGGUGUGGGUCUUCUCCAUCUCUAUUUCGCUGCCACCCUUCUUCUGGCGUCAAGCCAAAGCUGAGGAGGAGGUACUGGACUGUUUGGUGAACACCGACCACGUCCUUUACACAGUCUACUCCACGGUGGGCGCUUUCUAUUUACCCACCCUGCUCCUCAUCGCCCUCUAUGGCCGCAUCUAUGUGGAAGCCCGCUCUCGGAUUUUGAAACAGACACCCAAUAAGACCGGCAAGCGCUUGACCCGAGCCCAUCUGAUAACAGACUCCCCUGGGUCCACGUCCUCGGUCACCUCUAUUAACUCCCGGGCUCCCGAGGUGCCCAGUGAGUCCGGGUCUCCAGUGUACGUGAACCAAGUCAAAGUGCGAAUCUCAGACGCCCUGCUGGAAAAGAAGAAGCUCAUGGCCGCUAGGGAGCGCAAAGCCACCAAGACCCUAGGGAUCAUUUUAGGAGCAUUUAUUGUGUGUUGGCUGCCCUUCUUCAUCAUCUCCCUGGUGAUGCCUAUCUGCAAGGAUGCCUGCUGGUUUCACAUGGCCAUCUUUGACUUCUUCAAUUGGCUAGGCUAUCUUAACUCCCUCAUCAACCCCAUCAUCUACACUAUGUCUAAUGAGGACUUCAAACAAGCAUUCCAUAAACUGAUACGCUUUAAGUGUACAGGUUGACUUGCCAAUGGCAGUGGGGUCGCCUAGGCGACCUUUGGGGACCAAGUUGGGUCUUUCCACAGGUAGGUCAAAUCUUCUUUCCCUGUUACUGGGUAGAAGCAAGGCUCUCUCUCUCCUGGGCAAGGGCAAUGGAUCCUGAGAAUCCGGGCAGCUCUGAGAGAGCCCUCUGGAAGGGGAACUUCUCAAACAACUGCAAAGCAUCCAUGCUGAGGAGGUUAACCUCCUCCCCUCAAAGUCCGGGCUCAGCACAGAUCCUCGUGCAGCCAAUCACACAAAAGGUUGCAACUUUUUAACGCUGAUGAUGGAUGGGGGAUCCCCGCCCCGUUUUAUAUCACGGACAUUGUCCUCUAAGCCAUUGGCACUUGUAGGUGUUGUCUGAAGCCUAUCUGAGGCAGAUCUACAUACAGCCUGGCAGUACUUGAACUAGACAAUUAAUACCCUGUGAUUUGGGGGAGAACUUUGUGUUACAGCUUAUUUUAGGACACUUACUUUGACAUCAGUCAGUCUUCAUUUGUUUAUUUACAUUUGGUUGGAGAAACAUGUGGAUUUGGUGCUUCAAACACUAAAU